AAGUCUAUUUAAUUCAUCCGAAGGGGAAUCAUCAAAUACAACAAAAUCCUCCCUCAUACAACAUCCUUUCUUAGCUAAACUCUAAAAACAUGUGCUACCCGGACCUGUGUGAGAUUUGCCAUGAGAGAUCUGCAGUCAAGAAGCAAAGGAGAAAAUAAUUUGUUAGAAUUGUCAACCUUAUUUAGCAUCUCCACAAUAGCCUUGAAAACUUUUCGAACGCAUGGAACUAUUUUAUUGAAAAUAAAUUAAAAAAAAAUAAUGUGUACUUGCUUAUUAGAAUUUUAAAAUCAGUAUUUUUUUUUUUUUUUUUGGUUGAUAGAAUUAAAAAUCAGUAAUUAGCUUCGUGCUUUGUUGAGUAAAGGAACCUUUGUCAAAAUCACCAAUCGGCAGAGGAUACGAUAUGAUUAUUUAUCUAUUAAGUUAGUAUAUUUAAAUAUAUAUAUAUAUUAAUGGUGGGUGUCAUUCUGGGUUCUCGUAACUAGGGAAGGCUGACAUAGAAUCUUGCUGUCUGGGGGUGGUCUAACGAGCCAGUGUUUGUAAAUUCUUGAUCAUAUGGUAUUCUUUCUUUGGCUGUUCAAGCCAAUGAAUUUAUCUUUUUGCAAAGUGCCCAGUACUGUUUGAUUCCUUUUACUCAACGUGGAAGACCCAAUUCCAGUCAUGGCCUUAGACACCAUUUCCUGUCUGUGGAAAAGCAUGGGGGAGAUGCCCCUCUUUGUGUUGUUCAAAGGCACAAGGAAUGUAUUCAGAAACGAUGAACUUGGUCAGGAAAUAAUGCAGAUUGCACUUCCCACGGCACUGGCUUUAACGGCGGACCCCAUUGCUUCUCUAAUAGACACAGCAUUCAUUGGCCAUAUUGGUCCUGUGGAGCUUGCUGCUGUAGGAGUUUCUAUUGCUGUUUUCAACCAAGUAUCAAAGAUAGCAAUAUUCCCACUUGUCAGCGUUACAACCUCUUUCGUUGCCGAGGAAGAUGCUACUAAAAGUUUGAGUAUUGAAUCAAAUGACAGUGGAGUACUGGAGAUGGGUUAUGCUGUCAAUCAGGAGAUGGAACUGGAAGAUCUGAUACCACAAGUUGAGUCUACGUGCAAGUCAUCACUCAUUCCCAGUAGUUACAGUAAAACAAAUGUCAGAAGGCAAAUUCCAUCAGCUUCAGCAGCAUUGGUUAUUGGUAGCGUGCUUGGGAUCAUACAAGCUUUGUUCCUCAUUUUUGCUGCUAAACCAAUAUUGAACUAUAUGGGUGUAGAGUCUAAUUCUCCUAUGCUAAAACCAGCCCAACAAUACCUGACAUUGAGGUCUCUUGGUGCUCCAGCAGUUCUUCUCUCUCUGGCCAUGCAAGGGGUUUUUAGAGGAUUUAAAGACACAAAAACUCCUUUAUUUGCUAUCGUGGUAGGAGAUGUAGCAAACAUUAUUCUAGACCCAAUAUUUAUAUUCAUACUCCGUAUGGGUGUCAGUGGGGCAGCCAUUGCCCAUGUUAUUUCUCAGUACCUAAUCUCCCUGAUGCUUUUGUGGAGAUUAAUUAAAGAAGUUGAUCUCUUACCUCCAAGUAUCAAUGAUCUACAAAUUGGUCGGUUUCUUAAAAAUGGAUCUAUGUUACUGGUGAGGGUUAUAGCUGUGACAUUUUGUGUAACCCUAGCAGCAUCAUUGGCUGCGAGACAGGGAUCAACAUCAAUGGCUGCAUUUCAGGUUUGCCUACAAAUUUGGCUGGCAACCUCUUUGCUUGCUGAUGGCUUGGCUGUUGCAGGACAAGCAAUCCUUGCAAGUGCAUUUGCAAAGAAGGAUUACACCAAGGCCACUGCCACUGCUUCUCGUGUAUUGCAGGUGGGCUUGGUUCUGGGGUUAGUGCUCUCGGCUGUCCUCGUAGUUGUAUUACAAUUUGCACCCAGAUUAUUUACAGCAGAUGUCAAUGUAUUGCAACUUAUAGGUGUAGGCAUUCCGUUUGUUGCAGUGACUCAACCUAUUAAUGCUUUAGCCUUUAUUUUUGAUGGAAUCAACUAUGGAGCUUCAGAUUUUGCAUAUUCUGCUUACUCAAUGGUUUUGGUUUCAUUAAUGAGCAUAGUGUGCUUAUUUAUACUAUCUUCAAGUCAUGGCUUUAUUGGUCUUUGGAUUGCAUUGUCUAUCUAUAUGAGUCUGCGCACGUUCGCUGGUUUUUGGAGGAUAGGGACUGGUAUGGGACCUUGGAGAUUUCUUAGGGACUAAUCACUGCCUUUGUAUUCAAUGUUUUUCCUCUUCCAGAUAUUGUUGUCUUGUCUUUCUAGAUAAGUCAAAAAGGAAAAGUUGAAAUCUUGUUGGGAGAUGACGCGUAUGUAUAGCUGCAUUUCUAUUUUCCUUUGAACCUUGAGGAAAAAUGUUGGUACAUCUAUAAAUGUAGUAAAAAUAAGUUAGCAUCGUUCUUUUCAUGAA